AUGAUUGCGGCCAGCCCAGUGCUGAUAAUGGUGAGUAUUACUGCAGCCAAUUACUGCAGCCAACCCAGUGCUGAUAAUGGUGUGAGUAUUCCUACAGUCAGCCCAGUGCUGAUAAUGGGUUCAGCUGAUUCCUACACGAGUCGUCCAUCGUUAGACUCAGACGUGUCCCUGGAGGAGGACAGGGAGACCGCCCGCCGCGAGGUGGAGAGACAGGCUCAGGAGCAGCUCGAGAGGGCAAGGCUCAAGCCAGUAGCGUUUGCUGUACGAACCAAUGUCAGUUACUGUGGAGCGUUGGAUGAGGAGUGUCCAGUUCAGGGAGCUGCAAUUAAUUUUGAAGCCAAAGAUUUUCUACAUAUCAAAGAGAAAUACAACAAUGACUGGUGGAUCGGGCGGCUAGUAAAAGAAGGGGGGGACAUCGCCUUUAUUCCAAGCCCCCAGAGGCUAGAGGCCAUCCGACUGAAACAAGAGCAGAAAGCAAGGAGGAGUGGAAACACCUCUGGUUUAGGAGACAUGGUCUCAGGAAAUCGGCGUUCGCCUCCCCCGUCCAUGGCAAAACAGAAGCAAAAACAGGCAGAGCCAGUUGCACCAUAUGAUGUGGUUCCAUCUAUGCGACCAGUGGUUCUUGUUGGACCCUCCCUAAAAGGAUAUGAGGUAACUGACAUGAUGCAGAAAGCUCUCUUUGACUUCUUGAAGCACAGAUUUGAUGGCAGAAUCUCCAUCACUCGAGUGACUGCUGAUCUGUCUCUGGCCAAGCGUUCUGUGCUGAACAACCCUGGAAAGAGAGCAAUCAUAGAGCGUUCCAGCACCCGCUCCAGCAUUGCUGAGGUGCAAAGUGAGAUUGAGAGAAUUUUCGAGCUGGCGAAGACUCUCCAGCUGGUCAUUUUGGAUGCUGACACAAUCAACCACCCCACACAGCUGAACAAAACCUCACUGGCCCCCAUCAUAGUUUAUGUCAAAGUGUCCUCUCCUAAGGUGCUGCAGAGAUUGAUCAAAUCCAGAGGGAAAUCCCAGGUUAAACACCUGAAUGUGCAGAUGCUUGCAGCUGAUAAACUGGUCCAGUGCCCUCCGGAAUUGUUUGAUGUGAUUCUAGAUGAAAAUCAACUGGAGGAUGCCUGUGAGCACCUUGCUGAAUACAUGGAGGUUUACUGGAGAGCCACCCACCACCCACUCCAGCCACAUACCAGCCAGAAUCUUAUGACUCCGCCCACUGCCAUCCCUGGGUUACAGAACCAGCAACUACUUUCAGAUCGAGCAAAUGAGCACUCACCUUUGGAGCGUGACAGUUUGAUGCAGUCAGAUGAAGCCAGUGAGACAUCAAGAAAGACCUGGACAGCCUCUUCACAGAGGAGCUCUCGCCAUCUAGAAGAUGAAUACUCAGAUGCCUACCCUGACCUGUACCAGCCUCAUCGCCACCACAACAGUGGCCUAAAUAGCACCAAUGGGCACGACUCCCAAGAUCGUCUGCUUGACCGCGAAUCUGAACAAAACCAUAAUGACAGAAACUGGCAACGCAACCGCCCAUGGCCUAAGGACAGUUACUGAGAGGAACCCCUCUAACCACCCAUCCUACACACACACUCCUGCAUGGGAGCGCACGACAGGAGCUCAAAUCACCAAGUGUAAAUUGUGGAGGUAUCACCCAGCUGCAAUAAUGCACUGUGGAAAUAUCAUCCCAAUAUUAACCAUGAGAAUGUGGUACUUGUCUACUCCUGCCUGAAAUACAGGGAAGAAAUUUACAAAAGGUUGACCGUUUACAGGUAGUUCCACAGUACCAAGCAGCCUCAAAGAAUAAAUUUAGCAAAUUAUUUUUCUGUUUUUCAGCCUAGGGCCGCUUGACACUGAAUAGAAUCAGCACUACUUAAAUAUCCAUAAGUUGUGCUGAUAUGUGAUAUUAUUUUCCUAUUGUCCUUAAGGUACACACAUUGCCAGGUUUCACGGGCAUCACUUAAUGCUACACAGUCCCACAAAGAAAUGUAUACAAUGUUUACAAUGCAGGCUAGCAAAAAAAGUUCCAUUAAAAUGUUAAAUGACCUGUACAGACUAAUGUGGGUUAAGAACAUGGCUCAAUUUAAGCUGUGGACUUGACUAAGGUGGUUAGAAGGAAGCGCACAGUUUGUACGACUUUAUCUCUUGCAAACUUGGCUUCAUCUCAGCCACUCUAUAAGGUGAGAUUGUCUGUACUAUAGCUGGCAUUCCCACUAGAGAAUCAACCAGGUGGUCAAAAUCUGGGGUUGGUAUACUCAGUGCUGCUCUUUAAAAAGGGCUGUAAAAAUGUAUUGUUCUGUUAAUACUAGUUAACCUGAACUCGUUACAUGGCUUUUGUUUGUCUUUCCCAAGCAGGUUACUACAAAUUGAACAAAUUUACUGGAAAAUAAAACAAACUGUAUAUUUGUGUGAAGGUGGCUUUGACAAAGAAUUUUUAAUAAACGGCAGUGCAAGAA